AUGUUGCACCUCGGCCUCGCCCCACUGCUCGUGCUGGUGCUGGGGGUCAGCCUGGGGGCUGCCUUUCCCCAUGGCAUCCCGGGGAAGGGCUGCAGGCUGUCCCAGUACCAGAGCAUUGCACCCGAGCAGCGGCACGCUGUGCACAGGAUGAGAGACGAGUUUGAGACCACCCACAAAUGCAACACCAAGCUCUUCCACCGCAAAUGGAACGCGGUGAACUUGCCGGUGUCCGACCGAGUGCUGCUGGUGGCGGCCGAGCUGAACCUCACCACGGCCAUGCUGGGGCUGCCCGCUGCCCCCGCCUUUGCCGAGCUGUGCCGGGAGCCCCUGCACUUCUUCAGGAGCGCCCGGGAGGCCGUGCAGGGCUGUGUGGAUCCUUCGCACCAGCCCUCGGGCAGGCUGCGGCACUGGCUGCACAAGCUGCAGAACGCCAUGCGAGCGGUAAGUCAGGCCGGCGGGCUUCUGCGGGCUUUUGGCGUCAAAAGGCGCCUCUGCAGAGCUGACCCAGCCCAUCUCGCCCCGCAGGAGAGCGCCGAGUGCCUCAGGGCCACCACCAUCCUGCACGUCCUGCAGGUGCUGGACAACCUGCGCUGCGCUGCCCUGCAGGACAAGUGCUGA